AAAAAAAUCAACACUUCAGCAAAGCGGAGCGAUCCGCGUUUGUUUGUAGCUGUCGGUGUGCGCUUUGCUUGUGUUUACACUCUGCUUUGUGACACGGGACAGUGUGAACACAGUAGACCAUAAUAUUUAAGCAGCACUGGCUUUGUAAAGUUUUCCUGACAGCUCUAUCUAUCUCGGGUCUGUAGAGCACACUCCCCAUCUCCCCAGUGGAUUUAAUCGUAUUGCAGGAAGUCCCUCACGUCCUCUCUGCCUGCGCUGUGUGUGUGUGUGUUUGUGUUUUUGUGUCGGUAUAUUAUGAAGAUCUCAUCAUAAGGAGCCGGGCAUUAUGAGGAUCGACCGGCGCAUGGAGAACUGGUGCCUCACGAGCGGACUGCGCGCUCUUGUGCUGCUGAUAGUGGGACUAACAGCUGCCAUCUCCUCUCAUCACUCAACCGACGGGAGGCAACUAAAAAGUGUGCUCAACAAACUGGAACACUACCACACCAUGGUACCACUAUUGCUGGAAGGAAGAGAGCAGCGACCAAUCAGCUGGCUUCACUCCAGGACGCCUCCUGCUUCGCUGCGCAUCCUGAUCCAAGCAGAAGGCCAACAGCUGAUUUUAUCUGUGGAAAAGAACCACGGCCUGUUCGCCAGUAAUUACACUGAAAUGCAUUAUACGGAAGAUGGACAAACUGUAAUGGGCACUCACAACUCUAUGAUGAAUUGCUAUUACCAUGGUGAAGUCCAAGGAUACACUCACUCUGAUGUCAGCCUCAGUACAUGCUCUGGUAUCAGAGGGUUCAUCUUACUUGAAAAUAAAACACUGAUGGUGGAGCCAGCUUUUGAGCCAGCAAAUGACACCCAUGUGAUUUAUGAAGGCCAUCACCUACACUUCCCCUCCGGAACCUGUGGACACGGACACAACAUAUCGACUGGCAGCCAUAUGAGCACUGGAGGACUGCAACAAUCAUUCAGCACAAGGCAUAAACGGGAUGUUCAGAAGACCACCAAAUACGUGGAGCUCAUCAUUGUAGCAGACAACAGAGAGUUCCAGAAACAAGGAAAAGAUGUGGAGAAGGUUAAGCAAAGGCUAGCCGAAAUCGCCAAUUACGUGGACAAGUUUUACAGAGUGUUGAACAUCCGUGUAGCUCUGGUGGGACUGGAAGUGUGGAGUGAUGCUGAUAAGUGUGCAGUCACCCAAGACCCCUUCACAACACUUCAUGAGUUUUUGGACUGGAGAAAACUUAAACUGUUGCCACAGCGGCCACAUGAUAACGCCCAGCUUAUUAGUGGGGUGUACUUCCAGGGCACCACAAUAGGCAUGGCUCCCAUCAUGAGUAUGUGUACCGCUGAGCAGUCAGGAGGCAUUGUCAUGGACCACUCAGACAAUCCUCUGGGAGCUGCUGUGACUUUGGCUCAUGAGUUGGGCCAUAACUUUGGUAUGAACCAUGACACACCAGAGCGAGGAUGCGGCUGUAGGAUGACUGUAGAUCGUGGCGGCUGCAUCAUGACUCCUUCUACAGGGUACCCAUUCCCCACAGUGUUCAGUACGUGUAGUAAGAAGGAUCUGUGGGCUAGUCUGGAGAAGGGGGUGGGCAUGUGUUUGUAUAAUAUGCCUGAAGUAAAAAUGCUCUACGGGGGACAGAAAUGUGGCAACGGAUACAUUGAGGAAGGAGAGGAGUGUGACUGCGGAGAGCCGGAGGAGUGUCAGAAUCCCUGCUGUAACGCUACAACCUGCACUCUCAAGGGAGAUGCUGUGUGUGCCCAUGGACAGUGCUGUCAUGACUGCCAGUUAAAACCAGCUGGGACUCCUUGUAGAGAGUCCAGUAACUCCUGUGACUUACCUGAGUUCUGCACCGGAACAAACCCCCACUGCCCUGCCAAUGUGUACCUGCACGAUGGACAUGCGUGCCACAAUAUGGAUGGUUACUGCUACAAUGGCAUCUGUCAGACUCAUGAGCAGCAAUGCAUCACUCUGUGGGGACCAGGAGCGAAACCUGCCCCAGGAAUCUGUUUUGAAAGAGUAAACUCUGCAGGUGAUCCCUAUGGAAAUUGUGGAAAAGACUCCAAAGGUUCCUUUGCUAAAUGUCAAGCAAGGGAUGCUAGGUGUGGGAAAAUUCAGUGCCAAGGAGGUGCCAACAGGCCUGUGAUCGGAACCAAUGCGGUCUCCAUAGACACAAACAUACCUCUGCAAGAGGGUGGGCGUAUUCUGUGCCGUGGAACACAUGUGUACCUGGGUGACGAUAUGCCUGAUCCAGGACUGGUAUUGGCAGGCACUAAGUGUGCUGAGGGAAUGAUCUGUUUGAACAGGCAGUGUCAUAAUGUCAGUGUCUUCGGAGUGCACAAGUGCUCUGGGAAGUGUAAUGGAAGAGGGGAAUGCAACAACAAGAAGAACUGCCACUGUGAAGCUCACUGGGCACCUCCUUUCUGUGAUAGGGCGGGGUUUGGUGGCAGCGUCGACAGUGGACCAAUGAGACAAGCCGAUGUGCGAGUGUGUGUAUUAAUGUGCGUGCUGUCCUAUGUGACAACAGCUGACAGCAGCGCUGUGGCCGUGGGCGCGCUGGUCACCCUCCUUUGCUUGCUGUCGGCGGGACUGAUUGUGUGCCUGAAGAGGAAAGCGCUGGUUCGGAUGCUCUGCAUCAAUAAGAAGAGCACCAUCCAAAAGCUCAGAUCAGUAGGGCGAAAACAAACUCCCAGCCCCCCGCAGACACAGUCAGUGUUCAGGGUCUCGCCUCAGCACAAGCCCGCCUCUUUACCUUUACACUCCCGCUGUGACAAGAUGUCUCAUCACAGUUCGGAGCCUCUCCUUCCUCCACACAACUUCCACAGUUUGCGUCGGCUGCCUGAAUGUCCCACGCGCUGCCAGCCCGUCCACAUCAGCCACCCCAUGCCCAUCACAGGUCUGCAGCUUCACAGGACUCUAGUGUCACACACACACUCGCCAGGCAGAGCGGCAGGCUUCCACACACUCCCACGCCAGCUGCCCUACGCUAACAUCCAGGACCACGACAAGCCCAGUCCCCCACAGAAACCACUUCCCGCAGACCCCUUAAUCAGAGGUCACGGGGUGGGUCGAAGCACAUCUGCAGCAGGAGUGCGGAUACCUGGACCUCUAGCCAUCCCGAUUCCAACUGUACCACGACCGCCCCCUGCCAUACCACUGCCAAACAGGCCUCUUCCCAGAUUACCACAGCCCUUUUAUGAUCACUGACAUAUGGACACCACAGCACUGGGUGAAUUUCACCAGCAUCUGAACACACUUGUUUGCACUAUAAAAACUCUGUUAGACCAAGUGACCACCCCUGCAGAAACUCCACGGAGGGUCUCACAGAGAAGAGGGCUGCCCCGACACCUUGGUGCUCCGCCUCCUCAGAAAAGGUGUUAGUUUGUCCUCGCUCAGGUACUGCAGAACUAUUUAAGAUGUAUAUUUAUUGUGAGGAGGAAAAUAUGUGCUGUGCUUGACACCUUUUUUACUGUCUGACAGUUUUUUGUUUGUUUUUACAUGUUGAAAAUAAGCCGACCAAUCAUGUUUUCCUUUUUUAAGUGUUUUUAUUCAGUUUAUAUUAUGUUAAGACUUAGAUUGGUGUUGUGAAGAUCAAAAAAGGCCUGCUUUAAAACGACGCGGCAUGUCUGGGAUACUGGAGUACAAGCAACAUGAAGUCUAAUUGUUUAAACACAGAGCGCUGGAAUCAGUGCCACUAAGUGCAAAAAAAUCCGAAAUAAUUACUUAAUUGAUGCAUGAUGAUGAAUGAUGAUGUCAUGAAGGAGGAAGUGAUGUGAGCCAAACCAAUUGACAAACCAACUUUUCGGGAGCUACAGUACCUUAAAAUCACAUAUGCUUGAGCAAAUGCAGUGCUACAGUAUCUGACAAAGCAAGAAUCGCUAUUACUAUUGCUACAUAUUUAGCUCUAAGCAUUCAGCUUUGUUUGUAAUGAUACCUCAAAUUAUGCGACUUCUUGAGGAGAGAUGUGCUAUAUGACAAUUAAUCAGCCAAAACGGAGUUACAUCAAUUAGGGCUGAGUCGUCUAGAGAACAGAAUAUGCAUUGCAGCUGCAUAGCAACGGCUUGUCCAGUUUAUCUAAAGAAAAUGAAAAAAAUCCAGGCCGUAUUUAUAGUUCAAACACUUGAAAGGUUGUGAUGUUCAUUUUUCCAACAUGCUUUGAAACAUUCAGAGAAAUACCAGCGGCAACACAAAAUAUGUAGUGACACCACAGACCUUAAAAUAUCGCGGAAUAGCAGAUCAGCAUUCCCACUGAGCCAUCAGCAUCCAGCAGCUGUCAUGUCUGUCAUUAUGGCCUUGUUGUGCUGUAUACACCUGUUCUGUGAAAUAUCUUCCAAUACUUGAGGUUAUAGAUGUUGAAUUUUCUGUACUGCAUUUCUUGUAUUAUUUUUGACAGUAUACACAACCAGUCGAAAGUUUAGUGUCAAUGAAAUUUUCUUUCAAAGAAAUGAAUACUUUUAUUCAGCAAGGAUGCAUUAAAUUGAUCAAAAGUGACAGUAAAGACUUAUCAGUAAAGAUUUCUGUUUCAAAUAAAUGCUGUUCUUUUGAACUUUUUCUUCAUCAAAAAAUACACAAACACUGAAGACUGGAAU